AUGCAGAUUCCUGACAGAGUGUGUGAGCGCUACAGUGGACUAGGGGAUCAGUCAGUGGAGUGUGUGUUUGUAAGAAAGUCCUUUCCUAACUGCAGACAUGGAGACCCAUUUCCUGAUGAGAGUGUUGUGAGUCCGGCGCAGCCCUGUCGCGCCCACAGCGUCCCCUCUCGGCCCGGGUGGGCCACCACGCCCCCCCGGCCUCCUCCAUGAAGGGGUAUCACGUCAGCCGCAGCCUGUCCCAGCACUCUUCUGGCGGGGGGCACACACAAUGUGACCCCGGCCCUGGCUCCGUCCGAGAGUACCACCGCCACCCCUCCGAGCACUACGACCGGGCGGGGCACCCCUUCUACCCCUCCGGUGGUCCCCCAGAACCCCUAGCUCUGGAGCAUCGUUCCCAAACCCACUCUGGAGGGGGGACGUUCCCCCGCUCCCACCCCAGCCAGCACCCACCGACCCAGCAGUUGUACGACUCGUGUGAGGAUUGUCUGUCCACGGUGGUGGGUCACGGGGGUAAGAUGCACCGCCAGGAUCAGUUUGAGAAGCAGCUUCCCUUCCACCCUGACGGGUUUCACACCUUGCAGUACCAGAGGAGGGCCAGCGGGACAGAGCAGCGCAGCGAGAGCCCAUCCCGUAUCCGUCACCUGGUUCACUCGGUCCAGAAACUCUUCGCCAAGUCCCACUCCCUCGAGGCGCCGUCGAAGAGGGAAUACAACGGUACACGAGGAGGGGAAUACCGAGAAAGAGGAGGAGGAGGGCCCAGGAGCGGAGGAGAGGAGGGUGGCGGGCAUAACAAUUCGGGCCACCAAUCCCGCUCGGCGAGGCGCAGCAAGUCCCGCGAGCGCUCCAAGAGCGGGGACGGGCGCCAUGAAUCCUCCGGCCGGCGGCACAGGAGCCGAACUGUGGGUUGGUGGAGCUCCGACGACAACCUCGAUAGUGACAGCAGCUUCUUGGUAACCGGGGGCAACACCGGUCCGGGUGGUCGAAGUGGCGGGCGAGGCGGGUACCCCACGGGCCACGAGAGUCUGGACGCUGCUAUCCAGGAGCUGACCAUGAAGAAACUGCCCAAGCAGGGGAGUGUACCACCGGGCCCCGGGCCGGGGGAGUGCAUGGCCUGUACCACUCUGGCCCUGGCAGGGGGGGAGGGUGGCGGAGGGGGAGGGUACCAUGGAGGGCCAGGGCAACACUCGCUGAAGAGGAGCACGUGGUCGGCCAUGACGGUCAGCCAGGCUAGAGAGGUGUACCCAUCGUCUGUCCGGGGAGGAGGAGGAGGAGGAGGCUAUGACAAGGCCUUGGUGCCUCUGGAGAACAAACUGAAGGAAAGGACCUUUCACUACCUACAGGUCCCGUCAGACGGGGUGGAGUGGGGUGGUCCUGACGGAGGGAGUGAGAUCCCCUGCAGGCGCAUGCGGAGCGGCAGCUACGUCAAGGCCAUGGGAGACGAUGAUAGCCAGGACUCUGACCCCAGUCCUAAAGCCUCUCCUAAAACCACCGUCAUCGCCCAGAGAGAGGCCUUCAGACGUUCUGUCAGCAUGGACCACAGGUCAUCCACCACCAAGUACUCAUGUAAACAGUGUGUAGAUUCUACUCUACCCUACGCUAACAGUCGAACCAAGCCCAAAAGUCACGCACGCUCUCGGAGCUACACACGCUCUCUGACCAGCUCACAGCUGGGUGACUCUCUGAAUCGUCAGUUUGAGGCGGUGUGUGAGACCAUGUUUGGAGAGAUAGAGAGUCAGGCGGUGGAAGCCUUGGAUCUACCUGGAUGCUUCCGGACCCGUUCCCAUAGUUACGUCCGCGCCAUCCAGGCCGGCUGUUCCCAAGACGACGACUGCCUGUCCGUCUUCUCCAUAUCGGGACCCCAGGGUAGCAUUAAGGGAGGGGCCGUUUUCCCAUACCGUAAGGGUGGUCCUCCCCCUCUCCCUCCCCGUAUGUCCAAGCCUAUCAUCUCUGUGAGGGCUCAGAGUAGUACAGAGUCUACCCAGGAUACCUACUUCCAGAACACAGGCCAGCCUGCCCUGGGACGACCCAGACAACACCAUAGCCACUCUGUCGACCUUGGAAUCACUGAUGUUGUGGUCUCUGGUCAGCCCUCCAGAGAAGGAGGUUACUACACAGGAUCAGGACAAGGCCGCUCCCGCCAGCACUCCAACUCAGCCGAGAGUCUGGACGGGGUCCUCCGGGGUGGCCGGGAGCUGAUGCCCUAUGGAGGAGGAGGACAGGGACCCAUCAGAGUCAAACACAGCGGCUCCGCGGAUAGUCUCCUGGAGGGGCCCAGGGGAAGGGAGAGGGGAGAGAGGGAUGUGAGGCGGGCAGGGGGGAGUCUGUGGAAGUCUGCCUCCCUCCCACAGAACAGUAUGGUGCUGAGUAAGAUGGGAGGAGGAGGAGGAGGAGGAAGAGGAGGAGGAGGAAGGAAUUCGAGGCCUUCUAUCGCUGUACAGGUGGACAGCUCGGGGACCCUGUCAGACUCGGACGCGGAGAGCAAGGCUCUGAGAGAGGUUCACUCUAUAGGAGUGCAGGUGGAGGAGGACAAGAGGCGUGCUCGGUUCAAGCGCUCCAACAGCGUGACGGCCGGCGUCCAGGCAGACCUGGAUCCAGAGGGGGGUUACCCAGGCCUCACCAUCGCUGUUCCUACCCAGGAUAAGAGCCUCCAGUUCCCAGGCCUCACCAUCGCUGUUCCUACCCAGGAUAAGAGCCCCCAGUUCGGCUGCUCCUUCCAGAGACACUCCUCAGAGCCAGGGUCAGCCGACCAGUAUGCAGAGUACCAUCGCACGGUUCACACCCAGGGCCAGUGGGCCUACAGAGAGGACUACGUCCAGGAUGGUUACGCUUCGGACCACCACUCCCACCAGAUCCCCCUCCUGCCCCCGCGGGCCCACUCCCCCCUGCCCCUCGCAGCGGACCGUGGAGGCUGGACAGGUACACCCCAGCCCUCACUGGAAGGGGGCCCCCGUAGUCUACCUGACUCUGGUCGCGCCUCGCCCUGUCUGAGAGAUGGAGAGUUUUUCCUACGCCUCCUUCAGAUGGAGGUGGAGAGGAUGGAGGGAUGGUGUCAGAACAUGGAGAGAGAGGCGGAGGAGAACGAGCUGCCGGAGGAGGUUCUGGAGCUGAUCCGUAACGCGGUGGGCAGUGCCCAGAUGCUCAUGUCUCAGAAGGUGCAGCAGUUCUUCCGUCUGUGCCAGCAAAGCGUGGACCCCUCAGCGUACCCACAGCCCACUUCUCAGGACCUGUCCGGGCUCUGGGACCUGCUCCAACUCAACAUGGAAGACGUCAGGGUCAAGUUCCAGCACCUCCAGAGGCUCAAGGACUCCGGCUGGAGGCUUCCCCCAGACAAGAAGGACGACAAGAAGCUUCCUCCCCCACUACCAAAGAAGCCAGCAGGGGGAGUGAGCGGCAGUCUCCAUGCCGACAGCGUCAGCGACCCCUCAGUGGAACGAGGGGUAGGAGGAGGCGUAGGGGUGCUGGUGAUGGCCCGUAGCGGGGGUGUGGGACGGGCCGUGCCUGUCCGGGAGAAGUCCUUAGACCUGGGGGACAGACAGAGGACUGAAGCACGCAGGAGACUGCUCCAGACCAAGAGGUCAGCUUCCUUCAGACAGAACUCUGCCACGGAGAGCGCGGACAGCAUCGAGAUUUACAUCCCAGAGGCUCAGACCCGGCUCUGAACACAGAGAUACAGUCCUUUAUCCCAGUGAACAGAACCGACUCGGACCCGGCUCUGAACACGGAGAUACAGCCCUUUAUCCCAGUGAACAGAACCGACUCGGACCCGGCUCUGAACACGGGAACCGUCUAAACGUAGAGAUAAAACCUAUUUUCUGAGGAUCCUAAAUCAACGAAAAAUCUCCCAAGUUCCAUACAAUGAACCCACCUCAAUGACGAUAAGAGGCCAUACUGACUUUCUCAAGCCUUCACUGCUGGGAUGCUGGGUCCCAUCAUCAUGCUGUUCCAGGACAAGGCAAGACAGAAGGGCUGAGCAAGUGGUGGCCAUUUGUUGCCCUGGAACUUUGAAUCCCCAAUAAACAAACAGAACAAUCUGGAGCCAGAAUGGUGGCGACAGGAUCACAUUUAGUCGGAGAGAGAUGUAGAGCUGUAAAGUAGAAAGAAGUAUCACUGUUGUUUAUAUACAGUGACCGAAAGGGUGUAGUCAUGCAAUAGUAGCAUGUCUGUGCAUGCCUGUCCACCUAUAGCGUAGCCUAGCCAAGCCUGGAAUAGCCUAGCCUAUCUUAGCCUCUUAGCCCAUCUUAGCCACCUAGCCCAUCUUAGCCUCUUAGCCCAUCUUAGCCUCUUAGCCCAUCUUAGCCUCUUAGCCCAUCUUAGCCCAUCUUAGCCCAUCUUAGCCCAUCUUAGCCUCUUAGCCCAUCUUAGCCUAUCUUAGCCUCUUAGCUCAUCUUAGCCUCUUAGCCCAUCUUAGCCUCUUAGCCUAUCUUAGCCUCUUAGCCCAUCUUAGCCUCUUACCCAUCUUAGCCUGUUAGCCCAUCUUAGCCUCUUAGCCCAUCUUAGCCUCUUAGCCCAUCUUAGCCUCUUAGCCCAUCUUAGCCCAUCUUAGCCCAUCUUAGCCCAUCUUAGCCUCUUAGCCCAUCUUAGCCUAUCUUAGCCUCUUAGCUCAUCUUAGCCUCUUAGCCCAUCUUAGCCUCUUAGCCUAUCUUAGCCUCUUACCCAUCUUAGCCCAUCUUAGCCUCUUAGCCUAUCUUAGCCUCUUAGCCCAUCUUAGCCUCUUACCCAUCUUAGCCUGUUAGCCCAUCUUAGCCUCUUAGCCCAUCUUAGCCCAUCUUAGCCUCUUAGCCUAUCUUAGCCUCUUAGCCUCUUAGCCCAUCUUAGCCCAUCUUAGCCCAUCUUAGCCCAUCUUAGCCCAUCUUAGCCUAUCUUAGCCUCUUAGCCCAACGCCAUUUAGUUCAACGCCAUUUGGCUAGUUGGCUACAUCCUCUGAAGACUGUGUUUAAUACACACUCACUCAACAUUCAACUAUGGCUGUCAUUUAACCUACAUGCCUCCUACACAAGACUCAGUCAACACUCAUUCUCCUAAGGUUUCACGACUCCUUUCUCUUGGCCCGAGCAUCCAUCAAUCUACCAGCUGUCUGGGUAGCAGUGUACUGUUUGAAGGAGAGUUUGUAUGUUUUUUUUUUUUUUUUGUACAUCGUUUUGAACGAUGCUAUUCACCAGCUUUCUAGUGUGGCACGGUAUACUUGACAGCCAGAGAACAUCACAAACAAACAAAAAACUUUUGAAGCUGUUUUCUUUUUUUUAGAUAUUCCUUCUGAAGUGUAAAAGGUUUGGCAGUGGGUGCUAGGAUUCCAUUGCUGUUGUUGUUGUUGAGUUUUGCAGAAUAUUGAAAUUUCACAACAUGGGGAUCCUUUUUCACUGUGAGACAAUGGCACCCCCUGGUGGCCACAGGAGAAUCACAGAAUCACUUUGUCUGAGGAGAAAGGUGUGUGGGACUGGGGAAUAUCGGCCUCAUAAAAACAGAGACUUAUGUAGCAAAAAGGUCGAUGUACUUUUUUUUUUUUUAGAUAUAUUUAUUCAAUUUCCAACAAAAAAUGCUUUUUCAAGAUUGGAUCGCCAAAGCAAAAUGACAAAAUGAAUCCAAGAGCUGCCAAGGGCCCCAGACGAUUUCUCUGCCUGUCAGCCUCCUCCUCCCUCUAUGUAACUUCAGCCCAAGGUUCUCUUCAGGGGUGUCGAAGACCCAUCCCUCCGGCUGAGAGAGGGAUUAACUCUUUGCCCUCCUUUCUCUCUCUCUUCCUCUCCCCCUCUCUCUCUCUCUCUCUCUCUCUUCCUGUCUUCCUCUCUCUCCCUGUCUCUCAGAAGCCUUGUCAUGUGUUGCCUAUACAGUGAAAUCCACUCUAAUGUAACUAAAACCUUCCUCUCCAGAAUCUUUUAAGACCUAAUUCAAUGUCCCUUCUCUUUUCCCCUCUAAAAAGAGGGUUGGAAACCAGGGACGGAAACAGAGAGAAGGCACAGUACCAUACAGUAGGCUGGGUGGAUGCUCUGUGGGUCACAUGGUCUAUCUGUCUCCAGGAACAAAGGAAUUUUUGAUGAGUUUUUUUGCCCUAGAAAAUACUCAAGGGGCUCUGAAAACUGUGGAUUUGAAAAAAACAUUUAAAUUUAAGAGUAAAAAAAGAAAAAAAUAUGAUUUCCCUCCAAGCCGUGUGUUUGCACUUGCAAUUAUGGGUGACAUUUUGUGAUGAACAAGGGCUGCGUUUUGCAGUGUGUGUGUGUGUGUGUGUGUUGACUAGUGUUUUUGAGCGAUAUACUUGAAGCCCAAUUGUGAGAUGAUUCUGUUAGCAUGACCUGGCUUUUCUUUUCAUAUAAUCAGAAAAUGUAAUGAGCUAAAAAUGUAAUAUUUAAUGCGAGAUGUAUAUUUUAGUAUGUUAUUUACCUACAUUUCUAGAUUAGUAGAGAUGUAAAGAAAAUACACAUAGAAAGAUGUGGAAUACAGUAUUAUAAACUAUAGCAUUGUGUAAUAUUACGGCUAUUUGGCAUUAUACAGAAGUCUUUUUUUAAAUGUGAUUAAUUAACAUGGAGAAGUGGUAUGGUCCAAUUCACAGGGUAUAACUGAUUAAUUAACAUGUAGAAAUGGUAUGGUCCAAUUCACAGGGUAUAACUGAUUAAUUAACAUGUAGAAAUGGUAUGGUCCAAUUCACAGGGUAUAACUGAUUAAUUAACAUGUAGAAAUGGUAUGGUCCAAUUCACAGGGUAUAACUGAUUAAAUAACGUGGAGAAGUGGUACGGUCCAAUUCACAGGGUAUAACUGAUUAAUUAACGUGUAGAAGUGGUAUGGUCCAAUUCACAGGGUAUAAAUGGUAUGGCCCAAUUCACAGGGUAUAACUGAUUAAUUAACAUGUAGAAAUGGUAUGGUCCAAUUCACAGGGUAUAACUGAUUAAAUAACGUGGAGAAGUGGUACGGUCCAAUUCACAGGGUAUAACUGAUUAAUUAACAUGUAGAAAUGGUAUGGUCCAAUUCACAGGGUAUAACUGAUUAAUUAACAUGUAGAAGUGGUACGGUCCAAAUCACAGGGUAUAACUGAUUAAUUAACAUGUAGAAGUGGUAUGGUCCAAUUCACAGGGUAUAAAUGGUAUGGUCCAAUUCACAGGGUAUAACUGAUUAAUUAACAUGUAGAAAUGGUAUGGUCCAAUUCACAGGGUAUAACUGAUUAAUUAACGUGUAGAACUGGUAUGGUCCAAUUCACAGGGUAUAAAUGGUAUGGUCCAAUUCACAGGGUAUAACUGAUUAAUUAACAUGUAGAAGUGGUAUGGUCCAAUUCACAGGGUAUAACUGAUUAAUUAACAUGUAGAAGUGGUAUGGUCCAAUUCACAGGGUAUAACUGAUUAAUUAACAUGUAGAAGUGGUAUGGUCCAAUUCACAGGGUAUAAAUGGUAUUUGCUAUUUAACAAAUAUGCUCUUUAUAUCAAUAGUCCAACCCCUUUCUCUCUGUCUCUCUAUCUCUCUCUCUGUCUGUCUGUCUGUCUGUCUCUCUCUCUCUCUCUCGGUCUCUCUCUCUCUCUCUCUCGGUCUCUCUAUCUGUCUCUCUCUCUCUCUCUCUGUCUCUCUAUCUGUCUCUCUCUCUCCCUCUCUCUCUCUGUAUGUCUCUCUCUCUGUCUCUCUCACUAUCUUGCUGUCUCUCUAUCUCUCUCUCUUCCCAACUCCAUGUGCCUAACCAGCUAGAUGUGGGGUUUUUCCUGUAACGUACUAAAGGUUUAUACACAAAUAUGUAAAUACACUGAAAAUAUAUAUUAUAGAACAGUAUGUGGUUUAUUUGAGUUAGGCAGAGGUCUAUCUUCCCUUUGGAUAUCGCUGUAGUCCUUGCAUGUUUUUUUAGGACGGCCAAAUCUCUGUCUUUCUUUCCCCCUGUUAGUUUAACCACAAACCAGACUGAUAUAUAUAUCUCAGGGCCUUUUUCCCAUUUUGGAGACACUUCAAAUAUCAUUAAAUUGAAUACUUUUAUUUCUCCACUGAAUAACCUACCACAGCUGGUUUUGGCUGGGAUUCAAAUCCGAUCACGGAUUACAGGCAUCGAGGCUUUUAAAGCCAGUGAUCCCACGUUCGCAGAGAUUCCAUUCACAGUAAAUGCGGCAUAUGUUGGCUCGAUAGGAAAUGUCCUUUAUUAAAAAAGCUGCAAUGCUUGUAACCCCCAAACGCAGAUUGAAUUCCACCUGAGUUUCAAAACGUUCCCCUGCAUCCUAAGAUAUUGUGUUAGUGUUGAAACCUCUCAAGACAAACAAGCACAAAGACAGAAAUCACCUCUACUCUUUCCACUGUCAACAAUUCUCCAAACCCUGAAGACAAUUUUUUCCUAAGGAUUAUCUACUUUAAGCACAAGUACUACACAUGGAGGGACAUUUCACUCAGCCUCGAAACAGCCUGUUCAUAUUUCACCACCUUACUUUCAUCCCUCUGGAUAUUCUUUCAAAGGAAGUAACAACGUCGAAAUGAAUCAUAGUAUAACCUGGCCUUCUUGCCUUUUAACAGGUCUGUUAAAAACACCUUUUCUGCUGAUCGGUGCAACUGCCAUAGACAGUCAACUCCUCUACUCUCUGGGAUAGACAGUCAACUCCUCUACUCUCUGGGAUAGACAGUCAACUCCUCUACUCUGGGAUAGACAGUCAACUCCUCUACUCUGGGAUAGACAGUCAACUCCUCUACUCUCUGGGAUAGACAGUCAAGUCCUCUACUCUCUGGGAUAGACAGUCAAGUCCUCUACUCUCUGGGAUAGACAGUCAACUCCUUUACUCUCUGCGAUAGACAGUCAACUCCUCUACUCUCUGGGAUAGACAGUCAACUCCUCUACUCUCUGGGAUAGACAGUCAACUCCUCUACUCUCUGCGAUAGACAGUCAACUCCUUUACUCUCUGGGAUAGACAGUCAACUCCUCUACUCUCUGGGAUAGACAGUCAAGUCCUCUACUCUCUGGGAUAGACAGUCAACUCCUCUACUCUCUGGGAUAGACAGUCAACUCCUCUACUCUCUGGGAUAGACAGUCAAGUCCUCUACUCUCUGGGAUAGACAGUCAAGUCCUCUACUCUCUGGGAUAGACAGUCAACUCCUCUACUCUCUGGGAUAGACAGUCAACUCCUCUACUCUGGGAUAGACAGUGAACUCCUCUACUCUCUGGGAUAGACAGUCAACUCCUCUACUCUCUGGGAUAGACAGUCAACUCCUCUACUCUCUGGGAUAGACAGUCAAGUCCUCUACUCUCUGGGAUAGACAGUCAACUCCUCUACUCUCUGGGAUAGACAGUCAAGUCCUCUACUGUACGUUUGAUUUGCUGGACCUUCUUGGGUUCAACCAGACUGAGAUUCCCUCAUUAACAAUGGGCCUGGGUUCAACCAGACUGAGACUUCCUCUUUAACAAUGGGCCUGGGUUCAACCAGACUGAGACUCACUCUUUAACAAUGGGCCUGGGUUCAACCAGACUGAGACUCACUCUUUAACAAUGGGCCUGGGUUCAACCAGACUGAGACUCCCUCUUUAACAAUGGGCCUGGGUUCAACCAGACUGAGACUCCCUCUUUAACAAUGGGCCUGGGUUCAACCAGACUGAGACUCCCUCUUUAACAAUGGGCCUGGGUUCAACCAGACUGAGACUCCCUCUUUAACAAUGGGCCUGGGUUCAACCAGACUGAGACUCCCUCUUUAACAAUGGGCCUGGGUUCAACCAGACUGAGACUCCCUCUUUAACAAUGGGCCUGGGUUCAACCAGACUGAGACUCACUCUUUAACAAUGGGCCUGGGUUCAACCAGACUGAGACUCCCUCUUUAACAAUGGGCCUGGGUUCAACCAGACUGAGACUCCCUCAUUAACAAUGGGUCUGGGUUCAACCAGACUGAGACUCCCUCUUUAACAAUGGGCCUGGGUUCAACCAGACUGAGACUCCCUCUUUAACAAUGGGCCUGGGUUCAACCAGACUGAG